AUGCCUCCUCGUCCUAACCCUCACUAUUUCCCCCCUCCUAACCCUCACUAUAUCACCCCUCCUAAACCACACUAUAUCACCCCUCCUUACCCUCACUACAUCACCCCUCCUAACCCUCACUAUAUCACCCCUCCUAACCCUCACUAUAUCACCCCUCCUAAUCCUCACUAUAUCACCCCUCCUAACCCUCACUAUAUCACCCCUCCUAAACCUCACUAUAUCACCCCCCCUAAACCUCACUAUAUCACCCCUCCUAAACCUCACUAUAUCACCCCUCCUAAACCUCACUAUAUCACCCCUCCUAAACCACACUAUAUCACCCCUCCUAAACCUCACUACAUCACCCCUCCUAACCCUCACUAUAUCACCCCUCCUAACCCUCACUACAUCACCCCUCCUAAACCUCACUAUAUCACCCCUCCUAACCCUCACUACAUCACCCCUCCUAAACCUCACUACAUCACCCCUCCUAAACCUCACUAUAUCACCCCUCCUAAACCUCACUAUAUCACCCCUCCUAACCCUCACUAUAUCACCCCUCCUAAACCUCACUAUAUCACCCCUCCUAAACCUCACUACAUCACCCCUCCUAAAUCUCACUAUAUCACCCCUCCUAAACCUCACUACAUCACCCCUCAUAAACCUCACUAUAUCACCCCUCCUAAACCUCACUACAUCACCCCUCCUAAACCUCACUAUAUCACCCCUCCUAAACCUCACUACAUCACCCCUCCUAAACCUCACUAUAUCACCCCUCCUAAACCUCACUACAUCACCCCUCCUAAAUCUCACUAUAUCACCCCUCCUAAACCUCACUAUAUCACCCCUCCUAAACCUCACUAUAUCACCCCUCCUAAACCUCACUAUAUCACCCCUCCUAAACCUCACUAUAUCACCCCUCCUAACCCUCACUACAUCACCCCUCCUAAACCUCACUAUAUCACCCCUCCUAAACCACACUAUAUCACCCCUCCUAAACCUCACUACAUCACCCCUCCUAACCCUCACUACAUCACCCCUCCUAAACCUCACUAUAUCACCCCUCCUAAACCUCACUAUAUCACCCCUCCUAAACCACACUAUAUCACCCCUCCUAAACCUCACUACAUCACCCCUCCUAACCCUCACUACAUCACCCCUCAUAAACCUCACUAUAUCACCCCUCCAAAACCUCACUAUAUCACCCCUCCUAAACCUCACUACAUCACCCCUCCUAAACCUCACUAUAUCACCCCUCCUAACCCUCACUAUAUCACCCCUCCUAAACCUCACUACAUCACCCCUCCUAACCCUCACUACAUCACCCCUCCUAAACCUCACUAUAUCACCCCUCCUAAAUCUCACUAUAUCACCCCUCCUAACCCUCACUAUAUCACCCCUCCUAAACCUCACUACUUCACCCCUCCUAACCCUCACUACAUCACCCCUCCUAAACCACACUAUAUCACCCCUCCUAAACCUCACUAUAUCACCCCUCCUAAACCUCACUACAUCACCCCUCCUAAACCUCACUAUAUCACCCCUCCUAACCCUCACUACAUCACCCCUCCUAAACCUCACUACAUCACCCCUCCUAAACCUCACUACAUCACCCCUCCUAAACCUCACUACAUCACCCCUCCUAAACCUCACUAUAUCACCCCUCCUAAACCUCACUAUAUCACCCAUCCUAACCCUCACUACAUCACCCCUCCUAACCCUCACUACAUCACCCCUCCUAAACCACACUAUAUCACCCCUCCUAAACCUCACUAUAUCACCCCUCCUAAACCUCACUACAUCACCCCUCCUAAACCUCACUACAUCACCCCUCUUAAACCUCACUACAUCACCCCUCCUAAACCUCACUAUAUCACCCAUCCUAACCCUCACUACAUCACCCCUCCUAACCCUCACUAUAUCACCCCUCCUAAACCUCACUACAUCACCCCUCCUAAACCUCACUACAUCACCCCUCCUAAACCUCACUACAUCACCCCUCCUAAACCUCACUAUAUCACCCCUCCUAAACCUCACUACAUCACCCCUCCUAAACCACAUUAUAUCACCCCUCCUAAACCUCACUAUAUCACCCCUCCUAACCCUCACUACAUCACCCCUCCUAAACCUCACUACAUCACCCCUCCUAAACCACACUAUAUCACCCCUCCUAAACCUCACUAUAUCACCCCUCCUAACCCUCACUACAUCACCCCUCCUAAACCUCACUACAUCACCCCUCCUAAACCACACUAUAUCACCCCUCCUAAACCUCACUAUAUCACCCCUCCUAACCCUCACUAUAUCACCCCUCCUAACCCUCACUACAUCACCCCUCCUAAACCUCACUACAUCACCCCUCCUAAACCUCACUACAUCACCCCUCCUAACCCUCACUACAUCACCCCUCCUAAACCUCACUAUAUCACCCCUCCUAAACCUCACUAUAUCACCCCUCCUAAACCUCACUAUAUCACCCCUCCUAACCCUCACUAUAUCACCCCUCCUAAACCUCACUAUAUCACCCCCCCUAAACCUCACUAUAUCACCCCUCCUAACCCUCACUAUAUCACCCCUCCUUACCCUCACUACAUCACCCCUCCUAACCCUCACAAUAUCACCCCUCCUAAACCUCACUAUAUCACCCCUCCUAAACCUCACUACAUCACCCCUCCUAAACCUCACUACAUCACCCCUCCUAAACCUCACUACAUCACCCCUCCUAAACCUCACUACAUCACCCCUCCUAAACCUCACUACAUAACACCAUAUGAGUAUUCGAACUAUCGACAUCUCAUUCUGGUAGUUUAG